CUGACUGCGUGCCACAGCCCAGGCGUCUGUCGCAUUUGUAGCGAGUCGUGCACAGUGUGACGUUCUGCGUUGGGAUUUCGUGCUGCUGUUUCUGCGCCGAGAAUUUCUUCUGCUACACCCACACCCUUAAUAAGGACCACCCACCAUGUCGGCAGUUCCGGAGGUUCAGAACACCACAACCGAGGCCCUGGCCGCCCUGCUAGACGGGGGUGAAGGCUCCCUGGUGACGCUGGUGGCGGGCGAGACGAGGGUGGCGGCUCACAGGGCCGUGUUGGCGGCCGCGAGCCCCGUGUUCGCAGCGAUGUUCGCGCACGACAUGCUGGAGGCCAGCUGCGGCCAGGUGAGCGUCGACGACGUGGAGGGCCCGGUGCUGAGGCUCCUGGUCGCCUACACGUAUACCCUGCAGGCCCCCCAGCUGCCCGACACGGCCGCCCAGCUGCUCUCGGCGGCCGACAAAUACGGCUUGUCGGCCCUGAAGGCUGCCUGCGAGCGGCAGCUGAUCUCUCAGUUGGCCGUCGAGACCGCAGCGGCGACGGCCGUCAGGGCAGUGAGGCACUCGUGCCCGGACGCCACCAGGGCUGCCGUCGCCUUCAUAAAGGACCACCUGCAGGUGAUGGCCACGCGGGGCUGGGUGGACGCUGUGCUCGAGUAUCCACAAGAAGUCAACGAAGUCAUCCGUCAACUCCGUGAGCCACCAGCAGAAGCCAGGAGCCUUUCUGAUGAAGAGCGAGGCAGGAGGCUGAUGAGGGCGGCUGAGGAGGGGGCGGUGAAGGAGGUGCGGGCGUUGCUCGCGGCUGGGGCGGACGUGGGGGCGAGGGACGGGGGCGGGUGGACCGCUCUGCACUGCGCUGCACUGAGAGGCCACGCGGCUGUGGUGCGGCUGCUGCUCUCUGCGGCGUCCGACCCCAACGCCAGGACUCAGGGGGGGCUGACGCCGCUGCACUGGGCGGCAUACAAUGGCAACACAGAAGCGGCGGCUGCGUUGCUGCAGGCCGGAGCCGACAGGGGGGUGAGGGCUGAUGACGGGGACACCGCCCUGGACUUAGCCAGGCAGCGAAACCGGCAGCAGCUCGUCAAGAUGCUAACACAGCAUUAAUACGUGCCAGUAGUACUUCA